GCAGACCUAGCUGGCUGAAUAAAGUGUGUGUUUCCUAUAACUCACUGAUUUCUGGUAGUCCGUGUGUCUAUCGGAGGCUGGCGGCUACAUCUUCUGUCUGGCUGCUCCUGAAUUAUAUCUUUUUUUAAUAAUAAAUCUUUGAUCGAGUAAGUAAAAUAUUUCUCUGAGUUGUGCGAGCCAUUCUAGCAAAUUAAUAGAAUCUGAGGAGAGGAGGUCAUGGAAACUUCCAGUCUGUAGCCAGUCAGUCAGCAGCAUAGGUAAGAGCCUAGGCUGAUGUCUGAGGUGGGGGAUGGUUUUGUGGGACUGAGCCCUUUACCUGUGGAAUCUGAUGCUAUCUCCCAGGUAGAUAGUGUCAGAAUUGAGUUGAAUCUUGGAUACCAUGCCAGUGUCUGAGAAUUGUUUGUUGGUGUUGGGGUACUCCUGCCCCUAUGUCGAAAUUAGGUCCAGGAAUCCUUUUCAGGGAUAUAAUAGUUCUUACAUUGUUGAGAUGAUGAAAUAAUAUGAUGCAUACAAAGCACUUAGCAAAGUGUCUGGCACAUAGUAAGUGCUCAGCAAAAACUAACCAUUAACAUUUUGAGGGGACUACCUUUUCUUGAAAUUCCCAGCCCCUUGUCCUCUAGGCCUCCUUCUCUUUCUCUGACUGGUCCCCCUCUUCUUUUCCCUCUUACUCCCAAGAUUGGGUUCUCUGCCCUUACUACUCACUAGGUCUUGUCUUAGGGCUCCUCUCCAGGCUGAAGCCAGCAAACCUACUCUCCUGCUGUCCCUCUUUUGUGAGAUCCUGGACACUCCUCCUGUAUGUUCCACACUCUCUUAGGCAUAUCCUGAGGCUUGAUGUCACUUCCCACUCUCACCCCAGCACCUUAUACCUGGUAACCCUAAUGUCCCUUUGCAUGAGAUUCUACCUUAAAAACAGCCAUUAGAACUGCUCUCAUGACUUCUACCUGCCACCAUGGAAGAUGUCCAGAAGGACAUGGAAAAAACAUUAAAUUGAUGCAGAGGGGAGCAUGUGGAUAACUUCCAAGCGACUAGGUAGGGCUUAGUUAUUUCUAUCUGCCUCCCUAGGCUGUGAGCCUCUCAGGGCAGGGAAAAGGAUUACUCACCUAUCUGUCACCUUGGUGCUUGCUGUGUAGUUAGUACUCAGAAAAAUAUCUGAUGAAUGAAUUAAGAUUCCUUGCUUUGCUACUCACUUUCUUUGACUUUGAAUAAGGUCCUUAUUUGACCCCAGUGUCAAAUCUACAAAAUGAAGAGAUUGGACUGUUUUAAAGGAGCCCUUUCAGCUUUAAAGCGGCAUUAGUGGCCAAGGGGUGGGAGGACAGGCUAGCCAGGACAGGGGUCUCAGGGUCUCCAGCAACAUGCUAUACUCAGGUCUGAGACAGAGGGAUGGGCUCUGAGAGAGGGGCAGCCGUGCCCCCUCAUCUUAGGAGCUGCCCAGGACUCCAGAGGAAGGAUAGACCUGAUUAUGGUCAGUGAGGAGCACUGGCUGUUAACCUCAUAAAUCCCAGUGGCCCAUUUUCUGAGUCCCAUCCCCAACUCACCAGCCUGGUGUUCCCCAGUCCUCCCGUAAAUCUGCCCAUGAACAGGCUGUUCUUGUUUACGACCCCCAUCCCAGGGGAACAGCGAUUGCUCAUCCCUACAUGUGAUUUGAGAGGCCGGUCGUGCAGGCCUGAAGGAAACACAAGCCCCGCCAGCUGUACUGGCACCAGAAUGCUCAGCUGGUUCCCUCCUGGGGCUCAUGUGACCUGAGUCUAGCUAUAAAUAUCAGAGGGGCCUCAGACCAAGACAGAAUUCGGGCGCCAAGAGAAGAAGGCUAAGAGGCUCCCGGCGGGAGUUUUGUGACAAAGGCGAGACCCAAGGUCUGCUUAGAGCAAGACAGGUAAAAGAGGCGGCCAGGUGGGUCCCACACCUCCCAACAGUAUGGAUUAUAAAUCAAGCCUGAUCCAGGAUGGGAGCCCCCUGGAGAACCUGGAGAAGCAGUUGAUUUGUCCCAUCUGCCUGGAGAUGUUUACCAAGCCUGUGGUCAUCUUGCCAUGUCAGCACAACCUCUGCCGGAAGUGUGCCAGUGACAUCUUCCAGGCCGCAAAUCCCUACUGGACUAACCGGGGAAGCUCGAUGUCCAUGUCUGGAGGCCGUUUCCGCUGCCCCUCCUGCCGCCAUGAGGUGAUCAUGGAUCGUCACGGAGUGUACGGCCUGCAGAGGAAUCUGCUGGUGGAGAACAUCAUCGACAUCUACAAGCAGGAGUGCUCAAGUCGGCCUCUGCAGAAGGGCAGCCAUCCAAUGUGCAAGGAGCACGAAGACGAGAAAAUCAACAUCUACUGCCUCACGUGUGACAUGCCCACGUGCUCCAUGUGCAAGGUGUUUGGGGCCCACAAGGCCUGCGAGGUGGCCCCGCUGCAGAGUGUCUUCCAGGGACAAAAGACUGAACUGAGUAACUGUAUCUCCAUGCUGGUAGCCGGGAAUGACCGUGUGCAAACCAUCAUCACUCAGCUGGAGGACUCCAGUCGAGUGACCAAGGAGAACAGUCACCAGGUGAAGGAAGAGCUGAGCCAGAAGUUUGACGUGCUGUAUGCCAUCCUGGAUGAGAAGAAGAGUGAGUUGCUACAGCGGAUCACGCAGGAGCAGGAGGAGAAGCUCAGCUUCAUUGAGGCCCUCAUCCAGCAGUACCGGGAGCAACUGGAGAAGUCCACGAAGCUGGUGGAGACAGCCAUCCAGUCUCUGGAUGAGCCCGGUGGAGCCAUCUUCCUUUUGAGUGCCAAGCAACUCAUCAAAAGCAUUGUGGAAGCCUCCAAGGGUUGCCAGCUGGGGAAGACAGAGCAGGGUUUCGAAAACAUGGACUACUUUACUUUGGACUUAGAGCACAUAGCAGACACCCUGAGGGCCAUUGACUUUGGGACAGAUGAGGAAGAGGAAGAGUACAUUGAAGAAGAAGAUCAGGAAGAGGAAGAGUCCAUAGAGCGGAAGGAAGAAGGACACCAGUAAGGAACUGGAGGAGGAAGAGACCCUCUAGAUGCUGGGAGGGAGAGACUGGGGAGGGUGGGGAUGGGCCCAGCCGCCUUGGUGACAGGCCCAGGGUGGGAGGGGUCGGGGCCCCUAGAGGGGCAAUGGGGAGGUGUGUCUUCUCUUUGCUCAGAGCAGGGACUAGGGGUAGGACCUCCACCGCUGUGUCCAGCAGUCACUGAACCAGAAUUGGAAAUGUGCUUGAAACAAAUCACACAGGACACUUUUCUACAUUGGUGCAAAAUGGAAUAUUUUGUACAUUUUUAAAAUGUGAUUUUUGUAUAUACUUGUAUAUGUAUGCCAAUUUGGUGCUUUUUGUAAAGAAACUUUUGUAUGAUAAUGUCUGGUCAUUGUGUGUCUGGAGAUCGUUAGAGGGGAAGGAAGCCAGGUCAAUACUGCUGCCCUCUUCCUUUCUCUAGGAGGCCUGGGUAGCGCUCACAGGCCUGGAAGGGAUAAUGUACUGUAUUUUGAUGCCUAUCCCUGACAUAGGGUAUGGUAACUGAGUUUGUGUUAUAUGUUGUUUUAAUAAAUGCACAGCGCUCUCUUCCUGUUAUUA